UUUACUGCACUACACUGUAUGGAUGGUGCGGGUGCGAACGCUUUGAACGACGCCAGAGAUCCCAAAUGGGAGAGCCUAACUGAAGAAGAACAGGCUGCUCUUCGAACGGUGAUGGCCAGAGCGAAGGAAGUCGAGCAGCAAGAGCAACGUCGUCUAGAUUGUCUGCGGCAACCAUUAGAAGGCCAACUGUCUAAGUGGACCAACGUAGUCAAAGGAUGGCAAUCACGAUGGUUUUAUCUUGACCCAACAGCUAGUGUUUUGUAUUACUACACGUCGGAGGGUAGAAAACGUGGCUCACCAAGAGGAUCUAUUAUGUUAGACGGUGCUGUUAUCGCUCCUUCGGACGACGACUCGCAAUCCUUUGCCAUCAGUGCUACAAACGGAGAGACCUUCCGAUUAAAAGCCGUUGAUGCGAAAGAAAGGCAAAGUUGGGUUAUGAGGCUACGAAGAGUCAUCGAGCAACUCAAACCUCAAAUCAACACUCAUUCAGCAAAGGGUGUGUAUGCUUCUGGUGCAACGUCGGUUGGUGGCUUGGCCGGUUGGCAGGACGAGCCUCACAUUAGGAAGGCUCAUGUUCAAGAUAAGGUUUCGCCUGGUACUCUUUUGCGAUCGAGAUCUGGAUCGGGUUCAGGUGUAUUCACAAAGCGAGUUUCAGUGUCGACAUUUAAUACGCAGCGUAACUCGUUUACGAGAACCACUUCGUAUCAGGGUUCUUCAAUACAACGUGAUCGAAAAGUGUCAUUCACUAAUGACAUUGCUGGUGUUGGCGAAGUACUGCAUAUCGCUGAAACUCAGUAUUUGGCUUUGAAAGAAGCUUUGGAUGGUUUUGAUGGCACGAAUGAGGAUAGUAUAGAUCCUUACAGUGACAAGGACUUACUUUGUCUGAAAGCUUUAUCACAGGCCACUUUGGGUGCGUUGUCUCACUGUUAUGAUCUUAUGGCCAUGCAAAGUCAACAACAAGCUCAACAGCUGUCGACUGCUAGAGCUUUGCCACCAGGAGCGACAAUUCAGUGGCUUCAAACGGACAGUGGCCCUUCGAGUGCUCCUCCAUCACCGACAUUGUCAGGCUCAGAAACUCCUCACAGAAGUGCUGAACAUUCGCCUCAACGGUUUGUUGAUCAGUUUGGUAACGAAGCUUUGAAUGCGGAUCACAAUACAGACGACUAUUUAUAUGGAGACAAGAGAGACGAGGAUCUCGAAAUUGAGUCGGAUAAGGAGAGAAAAAGUGUCGUCCUUCAGUUGCUCUCGCAACUGAAAUUGGGCAUGGAUCUGUCAAAGGUUGUAUUACCGACAUUUAUUCUUGAGACGAGAUCUUUGUUGGAGAUGUACGGAGAUUUCUUGUCACGUCCAGAGAUGUUUGCCAGCAUUGCUGAUGGUCAAACAGCUGAAGACCGGAUGGUGCGGGUUGUGAAGUUUUUUCUAACUUCAUUUGGUGCUGGACGGAGAAGUUAUGCUGCAAGGAAACCGUACAAUCCAAUCAUAGGAGAGUUCUUCGAGUGCUCGUACAGGGCUGAUACGAGUCGACUAUCUGUCGAACAGUCGUCUGAUGUCACGUCCGCAUUAGAUUCAUCAGAUGGGUCAGCAGUUGAUGUAAAGUUUACAGCCGAGCAAGUGUCACAUCAUCCACCCGUUUCUGCACUUUACGUCGAGUGUCCUAGUAAAAAAAUUCAAAUGAAUGGCGAUGUAUGGACAAAGACUAGGUUUCUAGGAAUGGCAAUCGGUGUUCACUUAGAAGGAGAAGUUUGUAUAUCGGUGUUGAAGUAUGACGAGGAAUACAAGUUUACGCUUCCGAGUGCCUUUGCUAGGUCAAUUCUGACUGUCCCGUGGAUAGAAUUAGGAGGUCGUGUCAAUAUCAUUUGUGAAAAAACUGGAUAUCAGUCAUCAAUAACAUUUCACACUAAGCCACUCUAUGGAGGCAAACCACACAAGAUUUCUGGAGAAAUCAGUCAUAUUUCGUCUCAGACUCCUCUGUACAAGAUUACUGGAGAAUGGAAUGACAAAAUUACAAUGGCGUUUGACGGAAAGGAUCCAAUUCUACUAAAUGCUGCAGCACCUACUGUUAGACCAUCCGUUCGACCGGUGCAUGAGCAAGGAGAACUAGAAUCACGACGGCUGUGGAGACAUGUCACUGUAGCUCUGAAGAUGGGAGACAUCCAGAAAGCGACUGACGAGAAGAAAGCUCUUGAAGAUGGCCAGAGGUUUGAAGCAAAGGAAAGACAGUCUAAAGGAAUAGAUUACCGACCUAAGCUAUUUCAUCAAAGUAACCAGAGAUGGCUGUAUAACAAUCCUCUCAGUGGACGUUGAUUAAGGAUGAGACUUAUAAUUUUUGUAAAUUUCAUGUUGCCCUGUUUUAAUAAUAUUUGGUGACACUUGCA